UCACAGCCUCGCUCUGUCACACACACUCUCUGUCUCUCUCUCUCUCUGCGUCGUCUUCUUCUUUAUUCACAGGACAAGGGAGUGUGUGUGGGGGGGCGGGCGCGGGUGAUGGCUGGGAACGAGGGCUCUUUCUCGAGCCUACGAGGCUAUGGGGCCGCGUUGUUGCAGACGCCGGCGAGGUUCGCCCGGCGAGCAGGGGCGGUGACGACGACGAUGGAGGAGAUGAGUAGGGUGAGGGCCCGCUCGGGGUCGUCUAUGCAGAGGAAGCUCCGGUGGUACGACCUCGUCGGUCUAGGGAUGGGCGGGAUGGUGGGUGCCGGCGUGUUCGUCACAGUGGGCUCCGCUGCCGGCAACAAGGCCGGUCCCGCCGUCAUCCUGUCCUACGCCGUCUCCGGCCUCUGUGCCCUCCUAUCCGCCUUCUGCUACACCGAGUUCGCCGUCGAAAUGCCGGUGGCGGGCGGUGCCUUCAGCUACCUGCGCGUCACCUUCGGAGAAUUCGCGGCGUUCGUUACCGGCGCGAAUCUGCUGAUGGAGUACGUCGUCUCCAACGCCGCCGUCGCCCGGGGCCUGACCUCCUACAUCGCCACCGUCUUCAGCAACUCCUCGCCGAACGCCUGGAGGAUUACGGUCUCCGGCCUCCCGAAAAAUUACCAGAAUAUCGACCUCAUCGCCGUCGCCGUCAUCCUGACGAUCACCAUCUGCAUAUGUUACAGCACGAAGGAGAGCUCGAUGCUGAACAUGGUCCUCACGUCGGUGCACAUCUCCCUCAUCGUCCUCGUCAUCGCCAUCGGGUUCGCCAAGGGGCGCGUCAGCAACCUGGUUCACCCGAUGAACCCGGAGAAGCACCCGGGCGGCUUCCUGCCGUACGGGGCGAGCGGCGUGCUCAGCGGCGCGGCCAUGGUCUACCUGAGCUACAUCGGGUACGACGCCGUCUCGACCAUGGCCGAGGAGGUGAAGCACCCGGCCAAGGACAUCCCCAUCGGCGUCUCGGGCUCCGUCGCCAUCGUCACGGUUCUCUACUGCCUCAUGGCCGCCGCCCUCGCCAUGCUGGUCCCUUACGACGCGAUAGAGGUGGAUGCGCCCUUCUCGUCGGCGUUCAAGAGGGUGGAAGGGUGGGAGUGGGUGUCGAACCUGGUGGGCGUGGGCGCCAGCCUGGGCAUAGUCACGUCCCUGAUGGUGGCCAUGCUGGGUCAGGCCAGGUACCUGUGCGUCAUUGGUAGGUCCGGCGUGGCCCCGCCCUGGUUCGCCCGCAUCCACCGGAGAACCGGCACGCCGGUCAACGCCUCGGCCGUCCUCGGGAUUUGUACGGCUGCGAUCGCCGUCAUCACAGAUCUGGCGGUGCUGCUGGAGCUGGUCUCCAUCGGCACCCUCUUCGUCUUCUACAUGGUGGCAAACGCGGUCGUCUACCGGCGGUACGUGGCGGAGGAUAAGAGCGACAGGUGGCUGACGCUCGGCUUUCUGGCGGCCUUCUCGGCCCUCUCCGUCGGCUUCACUCUGAGCUGGCAGCUCUGCCCGGCCGGCCGGGUCCGGACCGCGCUCCUGGGUGGGUUCGGGCUGGGCGCGGUCGCCGCGCUCCAGGCUUUCCACUCGGCCGCGUCUCCGGCGCGGAAGCCGGAGUUCUGGGGCGUGCCGCUGAUGCCCUGGAUCCCGGCGACCUCCGCGUUUCUCAACGUGUUCUUGCUGGGCUCGAUGGACCGCGCCUCCUACGUCCGGUUCGGGGCGUUCUCGGCGCUCGCGGUGGCAAUGUACCUGCUGUACAGCGUCCACGCGAGCUGGGACGCCGAGGAGGAGGCGGACGUCGAGCUCCAAAAGGGCUCGGCCACUGCGGCCCAGCAUGCGGCCGACAAGGGUCGUGAUAAUGAUGAAGCUAAAGUCUAGUGAGUCUAAUGGUGAUGGAUAAGUUUCGCCCGAUGUUGGCAAAUUGUGAUACACAAAUAGUGAGCAAACAGCAACAAAGAAAACGAAAAAGGAAGACGAACAGGAUACAGGAUUGUGUUACAUAAUCUUGUUCCAUUUUUAUAGCAUAUUUUGUAAAGGCAAGUUCGGAGAAAGAAAGCAAAAUGGUGCAUAAAUUUUCUCUUUCUUUUUCCCA